GGCGUCACAUCCGGAUACGCAACGAGAGUGUGCGCCUGAGAAGCCUCUUCCUCACAUCCUCACUGUCCAUCAUCCGACAUGUACUCUAGCUACGCUAAGGCCCCCAAGACAGGGGAUCAAGGGAAGAAUCAUGUAGCCACGGAUCACGAAGCUUUGCAUCGGGAUGCCAAGAUCCAUCAGUCCGUCCAGUCCUCGGAAAGUCACCUGACGCCGUUGGACUUGGAGACCAUCAUGUCCAACAAGGGCGUGGUCAAGUACUGGUACCUCCAUCGCCCCAAGACUAUGGAAAUCGUCCACAGGAAUGCAGUGAAGGUGCAAUCGGUCGCACGUUCGUUUGCCGUGCGCUCCCUCGUCCGCAAGUACGGGAUCAAUUACAUGGUCGAACUCGCCAAGCGCGAUGCGGAAAAGAAGGAAGCCGAACGCCUCGCCGCCAUGUCUCCCGAAGAUCGCCUUCGUGAAGAGCAGGAGAAUAUUGCAUUUGAUCGCAAGGUCGAGGAAACACGCCGCCUCAAGCGCGAAGCCUCCGCCCUCGCCGAGGAACAAGCGGCGCUCGAACGUGCCGAAAAAGAUCGCUUGGCGGCCCUGUCGGAAGCCACUCGCCUCGCCGAAGCAAAGCGCAUCCAGGACAAAGCUGAUGCUGCAGCCGCCGCACAAAAGGCUUUGGACGACAAGGCUGCUGCGAUUGCCGCCGCCACUGCCGCUGCCACUGCCGCUGCGACCGCCAAGUCCACAGAAGACACCACCCCGUCGGCGUGGUCUAAUGACAAGACACAUGCAGCGACGGCUGCUGCCGACGCCGCCGCUGCCUCUACCGAAGCUGCGCACAAGGCCGUAUUAAUCGAAGCCGCGCAACUCGAGCGCGACGCGGCGGAACGUCAACUGUUGCAUGCCCGCGCAUUGGCCGACAAGGCGGCGCGGGAGCGGGAGAUGGCGCUGCUGGCCGAGAAGCAGGCCAAGUACGAGGAAUCGCUCGGCCGCGACGUGCCCAUCGUAGUAACCGACCACGGGCGCGGUCGCGUCUUGUUUUAUGACCGCGAGACCCAAGUGUACUCUGUAGCGAUCGAGCACUACGGCAAGUCGGAAGAGGUGCUCGAUGUGUACCCGGACGAGAUCGUUCUGGACGGCGAACGCAUCCUGUCGCCGCGAACGCUGGUGGAAACCCCCUUCGGCGUCGGUGAAGUCGUGGGGCUGGACCCGCACUUGGGCUGCUACGCCGUGACCAACCUCAUGGUGCGCGAGGAAGGCAUGGACGACACGACGGCGCCGCAUGCGUUCCUGCAGAUCCGCGACAUUGUGCGCCACGUCGAAGCGCGCGAGUCCACGGACGUUGUGAUCGAGUCGCAUGGGCUGCCCAUCCCGGACGAGAUUACGAUGAAGUCGGCGCGUAUCGUCAACUCCAAGAUCGUGACCCAGGCGCGUCACAAGUUUGUCCAAUACCAUUUGGAGAUUCAAACCACUAACUAUGGCACGGUGUACUGCUGGAAACGGUACUCGACGUUUCGACUCCUCUGCGACCGUCUCAUGAACGAAGCCGGGUACAAGAAGAAGGAGAUUCCUGACCUACCCAAACGACACAUCACUGGAAAUAUGUCGGAGAAAACCAUUCGAGAACGUGUGGACAAGCUCAACGAGUUUUUGGAUGCCGCCGUCCGCGCCGAGCACCUGCAGUGGGGCAUCAGAGUGGACGACCGCAUCGCCGUCUACAAGCGCCGCGUCAAGAAACCCCGAAGUGCCGCCGCGUAUCCGUCGUCGAGCAGCGCCUCUAGCAACCGACGGCGGUAAAUGCGCCAGCCAGCGACACCACGGACAGAGUCAUGUAGAUAUGUAGUGCGCGAAUAUACAACACAUCCAUUCCCCA